UUUUUUUCUUAUUUUCUUUGGCUCAAGUUCAAAAAAUUGGCAAGUAUCAAGUUCAAACUUCUUUUUCUUUCUCUCUAUUCCACACUUUUUAUAAAACUUUUAUUGGUAAAGCACUAUUUUCGGAUAUCUUCUGAGUUUUUGUGUUAUGCUUUUUUUAUCCCCAAUUUAUUCCACGCCUUUCAAUUUCCCUUCAAAUCUCUAAAUUUUUCCGUAGAUUUUUGGUUGUCUUUGUUUUAUUAGAAAUGACAAAAUUCCAUAAAGUAUUCCAUAAAAUUUAGAUUUAAAUUUUUAUUUCGGGGUUAUUGUUCUCUUAGUUACCCCGUCAAAACCAAUUUUAAAAAAUAUUUUUUUAAGAAAAGAAAAUGAUGUCGGUAUUCAUGUUGAACAAAAAGCAAUUCAAGCAAUGUGUGCACUUUUUUGUGUAGGAAGUGUUUUUGAAUGUCAAGGACAAUUUGGAGAUGAAGAUUAUAUUUUGAGAUGGGUAGAAGCUUUGUUGUCUUCUAAUAAUUCUACGAUUAACGGAAUUUGUGAAGAAUUGCUUUGUACAAUGCUCCAUUUAAACGAAAAUUAUCCUCAAUUAUUUGAAAAAGUUUUGCAAAUGUGUUACAUAAAAGACGAGCUUGUUGGUUCUCGUUGUUUUCGUUCUUUGGCUUUGCUUUUUUCUCAGAGGUUUUUUUAGUAAUUUUUAAAAAUUAUUUUGGGGUUUGUCCCGCAAUUUUAUUUUGUGUUUCUAUGUUGGGUUUUGGGUUCUGUAAAAUAAUGAUUUUGUGUAGGACUUGGCCUUCCAUUAUGUUAUUCGUACCGAGUUGGAGUGAUAGGUUUUCCGGGUUUUUUUUUUGUUUCCCGUACUCAUACUCAUCUGUUUUUUCUCAUAUAGGGUCUGCCUAUAUUUUUUAAAUUAAUUCUACCCAAGUACUAUAGUGAUAAGGAACUCGAAUAGAAAUAAUAAUCAUAUAUGGGUCUGGGGGAUCUCGGUUGAAUUUGAAACUCGGUUGAAUUGAAAAAUAUACGGAAUAUUUACU